UGGUGAGAUUAAAGAUGGCAGCCCUCGAGGAUGUUGUUGCCUCAUAUCAGAAUUUAAAACGCGAAUGGACAAGAACACCGUGCAAUUUGAAGAAAUGUGGCGACGUGCUCAACCAAUUGAAGAUCGGUCUCACUCACCUGAUGUUCCUCCCGACGUCAAAUAGCACGGCCAGUCAAAAUGAAUUAUUAAUCGCAAGAGACAUAUUGGAAAUCGGAGCACAAUGGAGCAUCGCCACUGAGGAUAUACCUUCCUUCGAGAGAUACAUGGCGCAAUUAAAGUGUUACUAUUUCGAUUAUAAAUCCGGUUUAAUGGAGUCGGCUUACAAAUAUCAGCUUCUCGGUCUCAAUCUCUUGUUUCUGCUGUCGCAAAAUCGCGUCGCGGAAUUUCACACGGAACUGGAACUCCUGCCGUCCGAUCAGAUACAGUCAAACGUUUAUAUAAGGCAUCCUCUAAGCUUGGAGCAGUAUUUGAUGGAGGGUUCGUACAACAAGAUUUUCCUGGCCAAGGGUAACGUGCCCGCCGCAUCCUACAAUUUCUUCAUAGACAUUUUAUUAAAUACCGUUCGCGACGAGAUUGGCGCGUGCAUGGAAAGCGCAUACGACAAAAUUUCCAUUCAGGAUGCCGCAAGGAUGCUCAAUUUAACCACGGAGAAAGACAUAAAAGCGUUUGCCACCAAAAAGAACUGGAAUCUAUCAAAGGACGGCUAUUUUUAUUUUACCACGACUAGCGAGAAAAAAUCCGAGGAGCCUAUCCCGAGUUCUGAAUUGGCAACACUCGCGAUAGACUAUGCCCGAGAGCUGGAAAUGAUUGUGUAACGUGCUUUAUCUUUAUGCAACUCUUUGUAUUUUAUUUGUCUAAAUAAAUACAGUUUCACUCUUGUGCAAUGUA